CCUAAGCAAAGCUAUUAAUCAAUAGAAAUGUCGCUCAUUCCAAGCUUCUUUGGUGGCCAGCGAAACAUCUUCGAUCCAUUCAACGAUAUCCCUUUCUCAACUUCUCUCUCUCUUCCUUCCUCCCAAUUCUCCAAUGAAACAGUUGCAUUCGCUAAUGCCCGAAUAGAUUGGAAGGAGACCCCAGAAGCCCAUAUAUUCGAAGCUGAUCUUCCUGGACUCAAGAAAGAAGAAGUGAAGGUUGAAGUGGCAGAUGGCAGAGUCCUUCAGAUCAGCGGAGAGAGGAGCAAAGAGCAGGAAGAGAAGAGUGAGCAGUGGCACCGUGUUGAGCGUAGCAGUGGCAAGUUCCUGCGCAGGUUCAGGUUGCCUGAUAAUGCCAAGGUGGAGCAGGUGAAGGCAACCAUGGAGAAUGGAGUGCUCACUGUAACAGUACCCAAGGAAGAAUUCAAGAAACCAGAGGUCAAGGCCAUUGAAAUCUCUGGCUAGAAGUCCUAGUUCU